AUGUUACAGCAGGAAUCCAGCACCGCUCCCAAGGACCAUUUCGAGGACUUUUUCGAUCGGGCGAACGGUCCCGAGAAAGCCAACUUCGCGAUCAAGCGCCCGUUAAUCGCAGCGGCACGAAAUGGAAGCGAAAAGGUCAGAUCAAAACGAACGCCCAAACCUCUGCCAGAGCCAGAGCCCAAUCCCGUCGAGAUUGUGAGGUCUGGAGAACGGCGUCAAUUCUCGCCACUUCUGCUACGGGAUAUGUGUCAGUGCAACCAUUGUGUGGAUCCUUCGACUCGUCAGAAGCAUUUCGCGACUGUGGAUAUACCGCAGGCUAUCGUUCCGAGGAGCGUGCAGCUGGACGAGACCCAUGUGCACAUUACCUGGUCUAACGAUAUACCCGGAUUGGACGAGAGUCAUACCACCUCGAUCCCGCUGUCAACCAUUGACAAUAUUAUCGACACUGGCAGGCCAGUCGAGCCUAGACAGCCACUUCCCAGGUCGCUUUGGGAUGCCCAGACAUACACCGAGGAGACUCACGACUUUGAUUACGAAGCCUACAUGAAGGACGAUUCGAUACUACUCGCAGCUCUACAGCAACUAGAGACUCACGGUCUCAUGUUCAUUAACAACGUUCCUGAGAGCGCAGAGUCUGUGGAAACGUUGGCGCAACGGAUCGGUCCUCUCAAGACCACCUUCUACGGGAAAACGUGGGACGUACGAUCUGUGCCCGAAGCGAAGAAUGUCGCAUACACAUCUCAAAAUCUUGGAUUUCAUAUGGACCUGAUGUACAUGAAGCAGCCGCCGCAUUUACAACUCCUACACUGCAUUCGAUCGUCCGCCGCCGGCGGCGCCAGCUUGUUCAGCGAUAGCUUCAGAGCAGCCGAGAACAUGGCGCGCACGGACUUUGCCGACUUUUCGACCUUGUCCCGAAUCCCAGUAACAUAUCACUACGACCAUGCCGAUCACUACUAUCGUCAAAGACGGACGGUGAUCGAGCAACGUUCCUUCCAGAUCGGUCCAACGCAAUUCAAGGACUUCACCGACUUCGCCAGAUACAAGUCCAGAUCCGAGACGAACAGCAAGCGUGUGCCCAAUUUGGCGACGAUGGAUUUCGUCGAACACGUUGCUUGGAGCCCUCCCUUCCAAGGUCCAUUCUCCUUGGCAAGCGAAGAUACACGUCGAUAUGGCGCCCCGGAGAACUUUCUCAACGGUGCCGUCAGAUCGUGGCAUGCGGCUGCUCAGAAAUUCAACGAGCUCAUUCACCUUCCGGAGAAUGUGUAUGAGAGGACGAUGAAGCCCGGAGAAUGUGUGAUCUUUGAUAACAGGCGAGUGUUGCAUGCGAGAAGGGCUUUUGAGGUUGGUGAUGCAGGGAAGGAGCGGUGGUUGCGGGGGGCGUAUAUCGAUAAGGAUCCCUUUAUGAGCAAGUUGAAGGUCAUGGAGGAGGAGAAGUAG